AUGGACCUCCUUGACAAACUCGAAGCCAUGGCGCAGGCCGCAUCAGCAUUUCAGGACGACAACAUCCUUCAAUCAACUAUCACUCGGUGGCAAAAGCUGUUUGGAUACUCACCCGCAAUGGCCGAGAGAAAGAUUAUAGAGCACCGAAACCAUCCCUUGCGUUUCACUAUUUCUGAAGACCACUGGGCCGUCAUGCGAGACCGGAUGGAGGCUGAGGGACACGACCGGGAGUCAUACGAGCACUCAUACAGUCAUACCUCAGGUGAUAUAGUCACCCAGAGCCAGGAGAUGCCUAUGAAGGAAAAGCGCAGGCUUCGAGCCGCUAACUUCUUGAUCCAGCUCGAAGGCCCCUUGAACAGUGUUAAAGCCGUGAUUCAAGCGGCGGACCUGUGGUGUCCAUCCUCGACCGAAGUUCUUGCUGCCACCGACCUAUCUGGACGGCCGUGUUCUUUCUUCAAGAUCAACGGGAUGGAUAAGCUAGCCAUUGAGGGAUGGCUAAAAGAAUAUCCUCACCUCGAUUUUCAACCAACCAUUAUUAAAGAUCCCUAUGCACAAAAGGAUCUCUCGCCCACUUCUUUGUACCCAACGUUGGGCAUCGAUACAACACUGCCACAGUUUCGACCAGGGCCAGCCGCGACACCUCGCCCUUUGAAAAACGAAUUACUUGUCUGGUAUUUCUUUUACGGGACGCUUACCGAUCCAUCCUUUCUAUCGAAGUUCUUUGGUUCCAACUUCCAGGCUGAAUACCACGCAGCCACUAUUCGAGGUGGAGUUUUGAAGACUUGGGGAAGGUAUUAUGCGUUCGUGGACGAGUUAAGCCACACCAACUUCGUCCAUCAAAAGGCACUUCUCGUCGAGACCCGAGAACAGGAGGAGCUUCUACGGGCAUACGAGACGAAUACUUAUGAAGUGGUUCGAUGCAGUAUCGAUAUGGGUUUGGAACAGCCCAUGAGUGGCCUGACAUUUCGAUUUGUUACAGAUAUCAUGGAUUAG